AUGGCAGAGAUCGCUGUGACCCUCCUCAUUGACAAGUUGGUCCAGUUGCUUGUUCAAGAAGCAAAACUGCUUAACAGUGUCCACAGGGAAGUUGUGGGUAUUGGUGAUGAACAAGUGUUUCCUAAAAGAUGUCAAUGCAAGAGCCGAGAAAGGAGACCUCCACGAAGGCAUGAAAGCGUAGGUGAAGCAAAUCACGGAUCAUGUGGUGGAACAACAAAUGCUGCAUGGCAUGACCCUCGAGUGGGUUCCCUUUUCAUUGAGGAAGGUGAAGUUGUGGGUAUUGAAUCUACAAGGGACGAACUUGUAAGCUGGCUGGUAGGGAGAGAAACUAGGCGCUCGGUGAUUUCAGUGGUAGGCAUGGGCGGGAUUGGUAAGACCACUCUUGCCAAGAAAGUAUAUGAGAAUGACUCAGUUAAGGGACACUUUGAUUGUCGAGUUUGGAUUACAAUGUCUCAAUUAUACAACAUGCAGAAGAUACUCAUGGCCAUGACAAAGCAAAUCCAGCAGGCAAAAAAAUUUGCUCCAGGGGAAAUAGACAUGAUGGACGAAAUCACAAUUAUUUGCAAGCUGAGGCAAUAUUUCCAGCAAAAGAAGUAUGUUGUGGUUUUUGACGAUGUCUGGAAGUUACAAUUUUGGGACAUUGUAAAACAUGCUUUACCAUGCCAUAACAGAGGCAGCAGGAUAAUCAUCACAACACGUAGUGAUCAUGUUGGCACUUGUUGUAAAGAAUCUUCAUCUGAUCAGGUCCACAAGCUGCAACCUCUGUCUCAAGAAAAGGCUUGGGAAUUGUUUUGCAGAAAGGCAUUCCAAUCUGAGUUUCAGAGGAGUUGUCCCAUAGAGUUGGUGAGAUUGUCACUGGACAUUGUCAGAAAAUGUGAGGGCCUGCCUCUUGCAAUCGUUGCCAUAGGUGGUCUUCUGUCAGUGAAGGAGAAGGUUCCAUCAGAAUGGCAGAAGUUGUAUGAUGGUCUCAGUUCUGAGCUAGAAAGUAAUCCCCAACUUACAGGUAUUAAAAAAAUUCUCUCUCUCAGUUAUCACAAUCUACCUUACUACCUCAAGUCUUGCUUCUUGUACUUUGGUCUUUUUCCGGAGGACUAUUCAGUUACUGAUUCAAGAUUGUUUCGGUUAUGGAUAGCUGAGGGCUUCAUAAAAGGAAACAAGGGCUAACAAUUGGAAGAGGUAGCAGAAGAAUACUUAAUGGAACUCCUCCACAGAAACUUGGUUCAAGUGUCAUUUGGAGAGCUUGAUUAUCAGAUACAUAGAAAGUAUAGAAUCCAUGACCUGUUACACGAAAUCAUCCUAUCAAAGGCAGGAGAGUUGAAUUUCUGCCAAGUUUUGGAGGUAGAUGACUCAAGUUUCUACGGGAAAAGUCGACGUCUAUCAAUCCAUGACGUCUAUCAA